UAAACGACCACAGCCAUUCUAUUUCUCUAUCACCCAAAAUAUCGAGAAAAGAAAAGGAAAACUCGCAAAAAUGCCAGCCGCCGAACAAACUUCAGCAGACGCCCGUAGAAAGGCUGCUCGAGAAGUCAUCGACAUUCUCCACGAAAUUGCAACAUUGCUGAACACGCAUCUAGAUCGACAGCAACUAUCAUAUUGUGUGUCAUUGAUUGAAAAUGGCGCGAACCCGGAGGCUUUGGCGAAAGUGAUACUGCAGCUGCGCGAAGAGUAUCCUACGAGUUCCGUAGAUGGAGACACAGAGGCGGGUGCAGCCGCGCGCUGAAUUGGGAGGCCGAAUACAACCCCCAAAUAGGUGUCCGGGAGUUUUGUGUAUGAAUCUACAACCGUGUAUUCUUU